UAAUCUGGGAAGAUGGCGAUGUUUACGACAAUCUUGUAAAUAUAGCAAGAUAGCUAGCUAAAAAGAACAGUUUUACAGAGGUAACCAACGGUAGCUACGUAGCACCGUCUCUACUUACGAGGUAAAAGGAAGGACAAGCAGGAGCCAUGCAGGAAGAGAGUGAAGCCGGUCAGGGGUCGGAGGGGGUGGUGGGUCUGGAAGAGCCGAAGAAGAUGACCAGGGAAGACUGGAGGAAGAAGAAGGAACUGGAGGAGCAAAGAAAGCUGGGAAACGCACCGGCUGAAGUGGAUGAAGAGGGAAAGGACAUCAACCCCCACAUUCCUCAGUACAUCUCAUCGGUCCCCUGGUACAUCGAUCCCUCCAAGAGACCCACCCUCAAACACCAGCGGCCCCAGCAGGAGAAACAGAGGCAGUACUCUGCUAUUGGGGACUGGUACAAGAGGGGAGUCCAGGAGAAACCUCUUUGUACAAAAUAUCGGAAAGGAGCGUGUGAGAACUGCGGGGCUCUGACGCACAAGAAGAAGGACUGUCUGGAGCGGCCCAGGAAGGUCGGGGCAAAGUUCACCGGCACAGGUAUCGCGCCGGACGAGCACAGCCAGAUCCAGCUGUCCCUGGACUACGAUGGGAAGAGGGACCGCUGGAACGGCUAUGAUCCCGAAGACCACAUGCGCAUCGUGGAGGAGUAUGCCAAAGUAGACCUGGCAAAACGUACUCUCAAAGCACAGAAACUGCAGGAGGAACUGGCCUCUGGAAAAUUGAUGGAUCAAGCAGAGGAGCGUGAGCAUAACAGCGAGGAUGAGGAUGAAGACAAGUACGCCGACGACAUCGACAUGCCGGGACAGAACUUUGACUCCAAGAGGCGGAUCACCGUGAGAAACCUGAGAAUCAGAGAGGACAUCGCCAAGUACCUGAGAAAUCUGGAUCCAAACUCGGCCUACUACGACCCCAAGACCCGUGCCAUGAGGGAGAACCCGUAUGCCAACACGGGCAAGGUUCCAGAGGAGGUGGGGUAUGCUGGAGACAAUUUUGUGCGCUACACGGGGGACACGAUCACCAUGGCCCAGUCACAGCUGUUCGCGUGGGAAGCCUAUGACAAAGGCUCAGACGUGCACCUGCAGGCCGACCCCACCAAGCUGGAGCUGCUGCACCAGUCCUUCAAGGUCAAGAAGGAGGACUUCAAGGACAUGCAGAAGGAGAGCAUCCUGGAGAAAUACGGGGGCCAGGAGCACCUGGACGCCCCCCCGCGAGAGCUGCUGCUGGCCCAGACGGAGGACUACGUGGAGUACUCUCGCCACGGCGCGGUGAUCAAGGGGCUGGACAAGGCUGUGGCGCGCUCCAAAUACGAGGAGGACGUUCUCAUUAACAACCACACUUGCAUCUGGGGAUCAUACUGGAAGGAUGGCUGCUGGGGCUACAAGUGCUGCCACUCGAUGGUCAAACAGAGCUACUGCACCGGAGACGCUGGCAAGAAAACUGCAAGCAACUCCUGUAUCCCAUUUGAGGAGGGGCUAGAGGAGGACCAGGCAGAAGAACCCAAGUCUUUAAUGGAGAUGCACCAAGAGAAAAUGAAAGAGAAGAAGAAGAAGAAGAAGAAGAACAGAAAACACAAGAAGCAAGACUCGGACAGCAGCGAGGAGGAGGAUGAAGCGAAGAAGAAGGAGAAGCUGAAGAAGGCCCUGAGCGCGGAGGAGCAGCGCCUGAAGCAGGUUGCGGAGCUGAUGCAGAUAGACGAGCGCAAGCGCCCCUACAACAGCCUGCAGGAGGUGAAGGAGCCCACCGAGGAGGAGAUGGAGGCCUUCCGCAUGAAGCGCAGCCGGCCCGACGACCCCAUGGCCUCCUUCCUGGGCCAGUGACCCCCGCACCGCGACUCCUGCGGACACACCACCGAGGACCACGACGCGAAAGCACCGCCUCCUUGUAUACCUGAAAAGGAAAACUAAAAUUGUGGAACAUUAAGACCUCAUGGCUCUGAGCGUCACACUGAGGAUAUCAGUCAUUAGAUUCAUACAGUAUAUGAAAUGCUUCAUUUAUGUUUAUCUGCUUCCCUUUUUUAAUCUUUUUUUUGCAGUUAUCUGUUGUCAUACAGUCUAUUUCCUGGUGUUGCAUUGGAAGUCGGAGGUUUUAAUAUCCGACCUUACUUCAUCCUGAUUUUGACCCUGUUUGUAAAUAUAAGUAAGUGUCUCUUCUCACGCAUGUCUUAGAGACCUUUACAACAGUUUUCUGUCACAUAGACACUUCUCUAUUCGAAACUUUCGC